UUUCGUUGUUCUUAUUUCUGAGUACAGGAAAAAACAAUGGCUGCUUCUCCGAAAUGCCUCCUCCCAUUGCUCCUACUUGUUGGUACGCUCAGCCUUCUGACAGUCUCUACUUCGGCGGAAGAUGUGAAGGUAACUUUUCUAUUCGAGCAGCAUUUGGACUCUAAUGGAUUCCCGCUGAUUAGGGUUAACAGUUCCUCGCUGACAAAUUCUCAGGCCAUGACACCAACGCGUGAUGACAUUUGGGUUCUUACUGUGACAGUGACCAAAGGAGUACCAUACGAGUAUUAUUUGAGGGUGCUGCCUCAAGGGUUCCUCUUUGAAUGCACCUGUUUACCCUCCCACAGAACUGUGUUGACUGUGCCUGAAGAUUAUCCAUACUCUAUCUAUCCGGAAAUAGUGACCGGCUACGACUGUAAUAGGGCACUAUGCCCUCGCUCGAUUCGCCAGGUUGUGUGACAAUCUCUCUCGGAGUAAGAGGGAGAUGAUGUCCCUCCAUACAUGGGCAUCGUAGCACUGCUGAUAGAACAAACGCGAGCUUUCUUCAAGCGACGCUGUAUUAUCUAUAUAUAUGUGGCUAUAUGAUAUUUU